CUCAGUGAGAUCCGAACCAUGGAGGUGAGAAAUAGGAAACACAAGAGCCAAGAGGCUAGGAGUACUAAAGAGGUUCAGGAGUUGGGGGUGAGGAAUGACAAGGAUGCAUGCGUGGAGAGAACUGAGAAAACUAAGAUAUCCCAAAAUGGGUCAUCUCCCACCUUCUCCGAGCUCCAGGAAUUCUCUCCCAAACGAAUUGUGGUAAGCCUCGAGUUUGACCUGGUGGCCCUCCUGCUGCUCCUCACGGGAAUUCUCACAAGAUUAUACCGGCUGGAGGAGCCCAGGAGCAUUGUCUUCGACGAGCUCCACUACGGCAAAUACGUGGGCCUCUACAUGAAACGAACUUUCUUCUUCGACUCCCAUCCGCCCCUGGGCAAACAGCUAAUCGCAGCAGUGGCGUAUCUCUCCGGUUUCGACGGUGACUUCAAGUUCGACAGAAUUGGAAGUCCCUAUGCAGACUCGGUGCCCUUGUUCGCCCUGAGAAUCGUCCCGGCAUUCUUCGGAAGUCUCAUUCUCCCCACAGUCUACCACUUGGCUCUCGAGCUCGGUAUGAGACCCUGGAGUGCUGCAAUCGCAGGGCUGAUGCUCCUCCUGGAUAACGCCUUCCUCACUCAAUCUCGUUUCAUCCUGAUGGAAAGCAUUCUCAUAGAAUUCUCUCUUUUUGGCCUCUUCUGUGCUCUCAAAUUUCGAAAAAUAAUGGACGACCCGAUGAGGCUCUCCUGGUGGGUCUGGCUGUCACUCUCGAUUUCAUCCCUGACUUGCGCUCUCUGUGUCAAGUACGUCGGGGUGUACUCCCUCAUUCUUGCCCUGAUGAUCGUCACACAGGAUUACUGGAGUCUUCUAGCGAGGAGAACUCUCUCCAAUGCGGUUCUCUUGGCUCAUCUCUUCGCUAGGCUCCUCGUAAUCACUCUCGUCUUUUCGAUGAUCUACUUGGGGGUCUUCUACAUCCACUUGUCAGCCCUCACGAGGGCUGGACCUCAUGACGCAGUGAUGACAUCAGCCUUUCAGGCGAGUCUGGAGGGAGGUCUGGCGAGCAUCACGAAAGGUCAACCAUUGGAGGUGACUCACGGGUCGCAGAUCACUCUCAGACACACCUUCGGAAGGGCCUGUUGGCUCCACAGCCACAAUGCUGUCUAUCCGCUAAGAUAUCCUGACGGAAGAGGGAGCUCUCACCAGCAGCAGAUCACCUGUUAUUCCUUCAAAGAUGUCAAUAACUGGUGGAUCGUCAAGAGACCAGACGUUACCGAUCUAGUCGUCACAAGGCCACUUGUCCCAUUGAAACACGGAGAUGUGGUGCAAUUGGUGCACGGCAUCACCUCCAGAGCAUUGAACUCUCACGACGUGGCUGCUCCUAUGACUCCCCAGAGUCAGGAGGUCUCCUGCUACGUCGACUACAAUGUUUCCAUGCCUGCGCAGAACCUCUGGAGGAUCGAGAUCGUUAAUAAGGAUCAGUCUGGAGACAUGUGGUAUGCCAUUCAGAGUCAAGUGAGACUGAUUCACGUGGGUACUGAGUAUGCCCUGAAAUUUAGUGGGAGACAACUACCAGACUGGGGGUUCAAUCAGCACGAGGUUGUGGCUGAGAGGUUUGUCGAGCAGAAUGAUGCUGUUUGGAAUGUUGAAGAGCACAGGUACACUAAGAGUGAGGAUCAAAAGCAGAGAGAAAGAGAGCUCCUCAACGCUGAAAUGAUACCCCUGAAAGCGACAAAAUUGAGUUUUUGGCAAAAGUUCGUCGAGCUGCAGAUCAAAAUGUUGUUUGGAGGUCAGGAGAAUCAGAACAGUCAUAUGUACGCCAGUGGACCUUUGGAGUGGCCCUUCAUGACCAGGGGAAUUGCAUACUGGGUGGCCACUGAUACCAACGCCCAGAUUCAUCUCCUCGGGAAUGUCAUAGUCUGGUACUCUGGUACCUUUGCUGUCUCUGUCUACACCGCUGUUCUCCUGGUGUAUCUGAUGAGACGGCGACGAUGCUGUUUUGAUAUUGGAGAAGAUGAGUGGAACAGGUUCACUGGAUUUGGCCAGGUUCUUUUCGCAGGGUAUCUUCUUCAUUAUCUUCCAUUCUUCUUCGUGGAGAGAACACUUUUCCUUCAUCACUAUCUACAAGCUUUCGUGUUCAAAGUUCUGCUCACUGCUAGCGUCAUUGAUCAUGGAUACUGUGUUGUCAGAGAGAACUGUCGAAGGAGCGUUCUCUCGAUAGUUAGACUGAUUAUUGUUAUCUGGGUGGGGGGAAUUGUUUAUGUAUUUAGGAAGUUCUCGGUUCUGAGUUAUGGGAUGAGUCCACUCACUGCUAAGGACGUUAUGAAGCUGCGGUGGAGCGACACGUGGGAUUUUAUUGUUCACAAAACGUGAGGAUUAGGAUUUAAAAGGAUUUUCUUCCAUGAAGAGACGACACUGCACGAAAGAUCAUUUGGAAGGUAGAAGGGACAUUACAGCGAUGUUGGCUAAGUGUUUGGUAGUUGGGGUAUUUAUCGUACUAUAGAUCGCAUUGAGAAACAUUCUUGUUCAGCAAUAAUUCAAGGGAUUGUUAACACAAAAGAAAAUUAAGUGUUCAUCCACGUCAUAUGUGAGUGUUAUUAACGAAUUAAGUGGCACACUGUUGUUAGCACUGGACAGUUUAUAUGAGAUCCAUCUAUAUAUUUUUUAGUAACUCUUUUUACAUGAUUGAAACCAUCUUAACUCUUACAUUAUAAUAUACAUAUCACUCUACUAAUUAUCGCAUAUCGUUCCGGUCCCGAUUGCGAAUUAUAUCGAUUCUCAAUUGUUCGAUCUGUGUAUUGGCUUUUUUCGUUCUAUCGAAUAAUUUUUUUAUAGUCUUUUAAAUAAUGAUUUACAUAUGCACAAUUUUUAAUGUAGAUCAUGAGUUACGCUAGAGAUUUUUUUUAUCGAUACACGAAUAUACAUGAACAUUGCCACUUAGUCUUAUGGAAUUUCAUAUCAGAUAAUGAAUGAAGAAAUAUGUUAUAUUUUUUUUAUCUAAAUGGCUGUAGACGUCUCGAAAGGUCCAUAUAUUUUUUAGAUUCAUAUAAAACAUGUUAUUGCGCGAGUCAAUGGUAUUUGCUAUUGAUUUGCGCAUUUAAUAGUCUCCUGGAAUUUAUUUUUGAAUAAACAAUUUCGUUAUUCA